GUUCUGCGCACUGCGAUCACGUAACACACGGCUCAGCGGCACCAUUUCAUCCGUCUACAGUCUGCUUGAUACUGCAUGAAAAUAACCGAUCAGAACUGAUUCUUUUGUCCGGUUGGACGGCUGUACUCAUCGGUAAAGCUGGAAGGAGGCGGCGGAGCGCAGAUAUGCACGCAGCAGGACGGAUUUUACGUUCCUCACGUGAGAUGUGAUGAGAUGAUGAAGAAGAUGGGCGAGAAAGACCCUAAACACACCAGCCGAGUUGUGCUGGUCAAGAGGAUCAUAAUGAAGCAUGACAAUCCGGUCCAGCAGGGCAUCGGGAAGCCGAGCGUCUAUCAUGCUGUUGUGGUCAUCUUCCUGGAGUUUUUCGCCUGGGGUCUCCUGACCACGCCGAUGCUCACCGUUUUGCAUGAAACGUUCCCCAAACACACGUUCUUAAUAAACGGCCUGAUUCAGGGAGUGAAGGGUCUGCUGUCGUUUAUGAGCGCUCCGUUAAUUGGCGCUCUGUCAGACGUGUGGGGCAGACGAUCGUUUCUAUUGGUUACCGUGUUCUUCACGUGUGCGCCCAUCCCGCUCAUGAGACUCAGUCCAUGGUGGUACUUUGCCAUGAUAUCAGUGUCCGGCACAUUUUCCGUCACCUUCUCUGUAAUCUUCGCGUACAUCGCAGACAUUACGGACGUGCGUGAGAGGAGUACGGCGUACGGACUCGUUUCGGCGACGUUCGCAGCGAGUCUGGUCACCAGCCCGGCCAUCGGCGCGUACCUGUCGGCCAGCUACGGAGAUAAUCUGGUGGUGCUGCUGGCGACUCUCAUCUCUCUGGCCGACAUCUGCUUCAUCCUGCUGGCCGUCCCAGAGUCCCUGCCAGACAAGAUGAGACUCAACACAUUGGGAGCACCCAUCUCCUGGGAGCAGGCCGACCCCUUCACUUCUUUGCGGAAAGUCGGACAGGACACGACCGUUCUGCUCAUCUGUAUCACAGUCAUUUCUCUGUCCUAUCUGCCCGAGGCGGGCCAGUACUCCAGCUUUUUCCUCUACCUGCGACAGGUCAUUAACUUCUCGCCCAAAACGAUCGCGGUGUUCAUCGGCGUGGUGGGAAUCCUCUCCAUCCUGGCGCAGACGCUGUUUCUGACUUUAUUAAUGAGGACCAUCGGGAACAAGAACACGGUUCUUCUGGGUCUGGGUUUCCAGAUUCUCCAGCUGGCCUGGUACGGUUUGGGGUCCGAGCCGUGGAUGAUGUGGGCGGCCGGCGCGGUGGCAGCCAUGUCCAGCAUAACGUUCCCUGCAGUGAGCACUUUAGUGUCGCGCAGCGCAGAUCCAGAUAAACAGGGUCUGGUUCAGGGCAUGAUAACAGGGAUUCGGGGGCUCUGUAACGGUCUGGGUCCGGCGCUGUACGGCUUCAUUUUCUUCCUCUUUAAUGUGGAGUUGAGCGGGAUCACCUCCAUCCAGCCCGACUACGCCAUCCCUCUACAGACCUCACCAGAGGUACAGACCUUAAUCCCCGGUCCUCCGUUCCUCCUGGGCGCCUGUACUGUGGUGGUGGCGUUUGUAGUCGCUCUCUUCAUCCCGGACCACCCCACGCCCCCAGCAACGCCCUGCCAAACCCGUAAGAGCAGCGCGAGCCUGGCCGGCGCUCACACCAACACACCGCUGCCGGGGAGCGACGAGGACUUCGAACCGCUGCUGGAGGACAGCAACGUCUGACUCUGAGACUGAAUCACAUUUGGAAAAAAAUGAAAAGGGCGUCAACACAUCGCAAACCCUCCACCUGUCAGCGACUAACAUUUGAGAGCGUGCAGUGUUUCUUUUUUUUUUUUGGUUGUUUAUGACAAAACGGUUAUUGGUUUUGAACUCAGAAGCUUUUUUAUUAAGCGUUUUUACAGUGUUUAACAUGACUCAACACACUAAGGGCUCGAUCAGUGAGGUGGGAUGCGUUCGGUUUGAUUGAGCUUAAACGCAAAGCUCUUUACGUAUAUAGAUAUUUGGGCAAAGUGCAGUAAAGUUUGGCUUGACGCUUAUCGUUGCUGUCGUGAGAUUGAAGAAAAACUGGGUGAACUUCAUGAAAACAUGGUUUACGCCAUUACAACCUGAAGAAGAAAAUAAAGCCUGUUUUUAGACAUUAUUUUCAAGCACAUUUUCUCCCUCCUAAAAACAGGCUUUAUUUGCAUGAAGAAAAAUAAUCACAUUUCCUGUGAUUUUAAACAGAUUUCAAAUAAUUCACCCGAAUUAAUACACAGUAUUUUUAUACUGCAGCGACUGAAGCCUUAAAGUCACAUAUCCUGUGGCGUAUGACAAGGUUUUAAUAGAUUAGAGAUGCAUCUGGUUGCAUGAACAGUAUUUGUGGCGAUGUUAACCAAACCCGAAACACUAGAGCACCAGCGCUGUGGCGCGGUUACUGAGGCUAACGUAGUUCUUCUAGGCUAGUUAGUUGUUUCGGACACGGCUUGAUUGUGAAAUUCUUGAACUGUGUGUGUGUGUGUAUGUGUGUGUGUGUGUGU